AUGAAGUUGUCAACAGAGGAGCUCAAUUUGCUUCAACGGAAUACACAGAAUAUCCGGAACGUUUGUAUUCUAGCACACGUUGACCAUGGUAAGACUUCAUUAAGUGACAAUUUAUUGGCAUCCAAUGGGAUCAUCUCCCAGAGGAUGGCCGGGAAAUUGAGGUAUCUUGAUUCUAGAGAAGAUGAACAACUUAGAGGGAUCACCAUGGAGGCAUCCACUAUCUCAUUGUUUUUCCGAGUAAUCAGAAAGAAGGUAGACAGUGAAGAGGUUGAAGAACGGAAACACUUGAUUAACUUAAUUGAUUCCCCUGGCCACAUUGAUUUCUCAUCUGAAGUCUCUACGGCCUCGAGACUUUGUGAUGGUGCGGUGGUGCUUGUGGAUGCUGUUGAAGGUGUUUGCUCGCAAACCGUGAAUGUGUUGAGACAGUGCUGGGUGGAUAAGUUGAAACCAUUGUUGGUUAUUAAUAAGGUCGAUCGAUUGAUCACCGAGUUACAAUUGACCCCUUUAGAGGCUAGUCUCCACAUGACAAGACUCAUUGAGCAAGUGAACUCUGUCAUUGGGUCCUUCUUUGCUGGGGAGAGAAUGGAAGAUGAUAUGAUAUGGAGAGAAAGCGGUGAACAAAAUGAAUUCGUAGAAAAGGAUGAUGAGCAUAUAUAUUUUGCUCCGGAAAGAAACAAUGUUAUAUUUGCGUCUGCAAUUGAUGGUUGGGCAUUUUCAAUCAAUACAUUUGCAAGACUCUAUCAGGCAAAAUUAGGGUUCUCUCAAUCUGUUCUUACCAAAACCUUAUGGGGGGAUUUCUAUUUGGAUAUGAAGAAUAGAAAGAUUUUACCCGGUAAAAAGGUGAAACAACUGAACUAUAAAACUUUAUUUGUGUCCUUGAUUCUAGAGCCUAUUUGGGCAGUCUAUCAGAACUGUGUGAUGGAUAGAGAUGAAGAGAAAUUGGAAAAGAUCAUAACAAAACUUGGAGUCAAGGUAAGUGAUAGAGAUUUGCGUUCCAAAGACCCAAGAAAUUUGCUAAGUUUGGUAAUGUCACAGUGGUUACCUUUGAGUCAUGCUUUAUUAGGGGCUGUGGUCGAUUAUUUACCCAGUCCAGAGGAAGCUCAACAAGAACGGAUGGGACUUUUAUUGAACGAAUGCCUUUAUGACGUUGUACCAAGUGAACCGCAUGAGAGAUUACUUGAACCAGAGUUUGAAAAGUCCAUAUUGAAUUGUGGUUCCGAAAACAAUAACUAUACUUUAGCAUACAUCUCGAAGUUGUUGUCGAUACCUAAUGAUCAUCUUCCCAAGGAUCCUUCCAAGGUGAACCUUCCUGAGCUCUUAACCCCGGAACAACUUCAAGAGAAAAGUCGUAAGACGAGAGAGCUUGCAAAAAUAGCUUCAGAACAAGCAGCAGUAGAGGCGGAUAGAAGACACGAAGAAUAUAAUGCCUCUCAAGGUAAUGCAUUUGAUUGGAAUAUAAAUUCAGAAGAUCUCCAAUCUUCUGCUGAACUAUCUGAAGCUAACGAAACAAUAAUGGCCUUUUCAAGAAUUUACUCAGGUUCAUUGACUGUGGGACAAAAGAUAGUGGUUGUUGGACCUAAAUAUGAUCCAUUAUCUGCUGAGAAUGUUCCUAAAGAAGUGGAAAUUAAAGAUCUUUUUUUGUUUAUGGGUAAAGAAUUUGUACGAAUGGAUACGGUUCCUUCAGGUAAUAUCGUUGGUAUUGUUGGAAUGGAAAAUUAUGUGUUGAAGAAUGCAACUUUAAUGUCCAAUAGUUCCUUUCCUUUCAUCAACCUUGCAUCUACAAAGACUUUGAUUCACAAUAAACCAAUCAUGAAAAUUGCUGUUGAGCCUACGAAGUUACGCAUGUUGGAAAAAUUGGAGAAAGGGUUGGACUUAUUGGCUAAAGCAGAUCCUGUUCUUGAAUGGUAUAUUGACGAUGAUACAGGAGAGAUCAUUAUGUGUGUGGCAGGUGAGUUGCAUUUGGAGCGUUGUUUGAAGGAUUUGGAAGACAGAUUUGCCAAGGGAGUUGAGGUUGAAGUCAUGGAACCCGUCAUUCCCUUCAGGGAGGGACUCACCAAGGGAACCGACUCAAGAGCUGUUGUAAACCAUGAUGAUGAAGCUGAAGACGAUGGUUUACAAAUGGAAAUAGAAGCCUUCCAACUUCCUCAAGAGUUUGUUCAAUUCUUAACAAAACAUGAGAUUGCUAUACUGGAGAAUAUUGUUGCUAAACAUGGAGAUAAGCUAGCAUUCAGGGAUAUUUGCUUGCGUUUUAUUGAAGAGCAUUCUCUUGAAUUCCCAAUGUUCCCCACUGCAUCUGACUUUUUGGAUAGUAUAAUUGCCUUUGGACCCAAAAGAAUUGGCCCUAAUAUCUUUGCUGAAUUACCUUCUGUCCAUAAAUUUGGACAUGUAUUCAAGGAUGAUGAGAGCACUUUUGAAUAUGCUCAUAACAUAUUGAAUGCGUUCCAGAUUGCAACCAAUGAAGGUCCAUUGGCUUCAGAACCAAUGCAAGGUGUUCUCUUUUUACUUAAGAGGUGUGGUGCCACAGAGAUCGGGGACGGGGUCGACGACGAAGAAGAAGAAGAAGAAGAAGAAGAAGAAGAAGGAGGAGAUGACGACGAUGACGAUAUUGGACUUGAAGAACUUGCUAAAUUGAAUGAAGGAAGAAUCAUUCUGUCUGCUAAAGAAUUGAUGCACAAGGCAUUUCUUACCAGGGCCCCUAGAUUUUACCUUGCAAUGUAUACCUGUGACAUUCAAGCGUCUGCCGAAGUGUUAGGCAAAGUUUAUGCUGUUGUCCAACAAAGAGGAGGUUCUAUUAUAUCUGAAGAGAUGAAAGAGGGAACCCCGUUUUUCACUAUUAGUGCACGUAUUCCGGUAGUUGAAGCGUUUGGAUUCUCAGAGGAUAUAAGGAAGAAGACCUCUGGUGCUGCAUCGCCGCAGUUGGUAUUUGAUGGGUUUGAUAUGCUUGACAUUGAUCCAUUCUGGGUUCCACAUACCGAAGAAGAGCUUGAAGAGCUUGGAGAGUUUGCUGAGAGAGAGAAUGUUGCUCGAAGAUAUAUGAAUAAUAUUAGAAGAAGAAAGGGGUUGUUUGUUGAUGAAAAGGUUGUUCAAAAUGCAGAGAAGCAGCGUACCUUGAAGAAGGACUGA